AUGGCAGCCAUGACAUCGCAGAAAAAUUCAAACUACGGGAUGCAGCUGGAUCAGAACUAUGGCAACAUUACAGCGAAUUUUGAGCGGCUAUCUGAUGUAGUACAAUCCGAAUCUCCAUUGAAUCAGGAAUGCUUACGAGAUCUUCGGACAACCAAUCCUUACGAUGACAAGAGUCGCAUCCAAGCGACUAAUGGAGGACUGCUGAAAGACUCAUACCGCUGGAUUCUCGACAACGAGGAGUUCAAGCAAUGGCAGAACAGCCAAGGCACUCUGCUCUGGAUCAGGGGCGAUCCUGGCAAAGGCAAAACAAUGCUUCUCUGUGGCAUAAUCGACGAAAUUCCAGGUAUUUCUGAAGAGGAUACGAGUAUCUCGUUCUUUUUCUGCCAGGCAACUGAUCCAAGGAUCAACACCGCAACUGCUGUGCUUCGCGGCCUAAUCUUCUCGCUCAUCCUGAAAAAGCCAUCACUUCUCUCUCAUGUGCGAGUGAAGUAUGAACAAACUGGCAAACAGCUUUUUGAUGAUAUCAAUGCCUGGGGUGCCCUGACAGAUAUUCUCACCGAUAUCCUGGACGAAUUGGCCUGCACCUAUUUGUUAGUCGACGCACUAGACGAAUGCACGACAGGGCUAUCCUCACUUAUCGACUUCAUCAUUCAACAUUCAGCUGCAAAUCAGCGAGUAAAAUGGGUCGUUACGAGCCGCAAUUGGCCUGAAAUCUAUGAACCUCUUCAAAUCGCAACUGGUGUAACUCCGAUCUCGCUUGAGCUAAACGAAUCGUCUGUAUCCGAAGGCGUGAAUAGCUUCAUUCAGCAUAAGGUUAGUCAACUAGCCGUGCUGAAGAAGUACAAUGAUGAGACUCAACAUGAGAUCGGCCAGUAUCUGUCUUCAUAG